AUGAAAUUCUCAAGUCCUAGCGUGCUAUUUGCAUGCAUUAUAUCAGUGGCGAUUGCUGCUCCUGCUGUAAUUACAGUCACAGAACAAGUAUCAGAGCUUGCUGUCACUGUCGAAGCAAUUGUUCUUGUUGAAAACGAUCAAACUGUCACUUCCUACACUACCCUGGGUCAAGAAGCUAGUCCUACAACCAGCAUUGCUAUGACUGCCUCUGAUGAAGUCCAUGACAUCACCACUGUCUCGAGUAGUUCUAGUGUUGCUGCCAUUGACAGCGAAACGAACGUAGCUACAACUACUACAUCUAGUGGUUCAGCAACUGCCACUUCAUCUGACUACGCUACUGCCUUGCUGGUUGAACACAACAAUAAAAGAGCGUUGCACCAAAAUACAAGUGCUUUAACUUGGGACGAUACAUUGGCCUCCUAUGCACAAUCUCUGGCUGAUGCAUAUGACUGUUCAGGCACUUUGACUGAAGAUGACUCUUCCUACGGUGAAAAUUUAGCACUUGGCUACGGUAUUACUGGCGCCGUUGACGCAUGGUACGAUGAAAUCUCUGAGUACGACUUUUCAAGCCCUGGUUACUCUUCAAGCACCGGUCACUUCACUCAAGUCGUCUGGAAAUCAACAACUUCAGUUGGCUGUGGUAUUAAAUAUUGUGAUACCACUUGGGGUGAGUACGUUGUUUGCUCUUAUAACCCAGCAGGUAAUGUCAUCGGUGAAUUUUCUGAGAACGUCAUGCCAUUGACGUCUUAG